AUGUAUCUUUCAACCCCUAUCUUUCUUGUCUCUUUGGCGGCUAUAGCUAGUGCUGCACCUGUAAGCCCAGCUACACCAUCCGUGCUCGAAAAAAGAGCGAACUAUUGUGGAGAUUCGACAUUUGACAAUGCAAGCUCGAGUGCUUCUCCCUUAAUCGCUGAUUGUCAAACGCUUUCUUCAAAUUUUGCAAACGAUGGCAGCUGGACAUUCGGUCAAGCGCACCGUACUAUUGGAACCUACGGAACUUGUGCAUUUAGUGUUGUUGGGGAAUAUGAAUUUACAAGAGUUGGCAACGAGGAUGUGAGAGAUCUGAUCCGCGAUUCCAUUGCAAAGUUUUCGUGGCAAGGAAAGGUUGGGGCCGGUGGAUCAAUGUCCUGUGGUGGUAAUAGAGUUUGGUGGGGCCUCUAUCAUGCUUAA